GAGAGAGAGAGAGAGAGAGAGAGAGAGAGUGAGUGAGGAAAGUUUGAAGUUGGCUGGUUGCAGUGGGUGAACGAAUAUAGUUUUUUUCAGGAGGAAAUGAAUAUACGGAAUUGCUUGUUAUUUCUUUGUCCAUCAGAAGGAUAUGAUAUAACCAGAUAAGAAAGAGAACGAAAAAGAAAGAGGGAAAUAAAGUUUAAACUUUUUGAUGGAUUUGUUUCCCUUAGGUCAAACUGCACCUAUUUCUUAACAGAAGUUGACUUCGAACCGGAUUACAGUUAUCGGAAUAUAACCAGUUCCAGUCUCUAUCGUGUGCGCGUGAUAUCAUUACCCCAUCAACCGGGUCACUGCGCGCUCCCAGACAUGGACGCAGGUCCUCCCAGCAGCGGAUAAGCACACGCGCUGUACCCGCGCAGUCUCGAGCCCCUAAGCACGGGUGUGUGUGAGCCCCGUGGAGCUAAACGGUGGAGCCGGUACGGGAGGUAUCAGAACCAACCGCACUGGACAGUUCCCGGUUUACCGAGAAAGACUUUGAGCAACGAGAUGGACCGAAUAUGGAGCUCAACGCCCGGGGCAUCGCCUCCCCUCCUCCUUCUCCUCUCCCUUCUCUCCAUCACUGGUUUUCACGAGGCGACAGCGGCACAGGCAGCCAAUCCGGUGGACGUGUUGAGGAUCCUGGACCUAUCCGAGGACAUGGAGGGUGUGUCUCUGGAGGCGGGGCUCUGCACCAGUAGAGAGGGAAGAGAAGAGACGGACAUCUCCUUCAAGAUCAACAAGAAGAUCCAACUCAGUGUCCCUACAAAACAGCUGUUCCCAGAAGGGGGGUUCCCAGUGGACUUCUCUGUCCUGGCUACGGUACGUGCCCUGCGGGGUGCCCAGGUGUUCUUGCUGUCCCUGUACGACCCUCAGGGUACCCAGCAGCUGGGGUUAGAGGUCGGCAGGUCCCCUGUCUUCCUGUAUGAAGACCAGCAAGGCCUGCCUCCUCCUGAACUAUACCCGACCUUCAGGAAGAUCAACCUGGCUGACGGCAAAUGGCACAGGGUAGCGUACAGUGUGGAGGGUCAGUCAGUGACGCUGUAUCUGGACUGUGAGAAGGUGGAGAGUCUGGAGCUCCAGAGAGGUCUGAACCCAGAGGUCAGCACUGAAGGGGUCACUGUGUUCGGGACACGGCUUCUGGAUGACCAGGUCUUCGAGGGAGAAAUCCAACAAUUGUUGAUCGUAGCCGACCCCAGAGCUGCAGAGACCUACUGUCAAGACUACAUUCCCGACUGCCACGCCCCUUUACCCUACGACAGCCUAUCACAAGAGACUGAGGAGGAGACAAAGCCUGCCAGGAGAGUGAAGGUGGAGGAGUUUGAUGAGUUUGACUACAGUGACCUUUACGACGACCUCUCUGUCUCCACGGUUACCGUGAGACCUAACAUCACAGAGUAUGAGAUUGUAGAGUACGAAGACUACGACAAUGAAACAGAUGAGUACGAGGUCAGAGAGUAUGAAUACGAGGAGGAAUUUGAAGAUCGAUACGGAUUGGCCGAGAGGGAGAGGGCGGAGUCCUGGAACGGACAGGAAAGAAUAGAGAAAGGAGAGAAAGGAGAACAAUCCUACUUUGGAGCAAGCACCUUAAUCACAGGCCCCGUGGGUCUUCCAGGACCAGAGGGGGAACAAGGACCCCAGGGGCCCACAGGACUGGUAGGACCUCAAGGAGACCUAGGAGAACUGGGUCCUCCAGGCCGGCCGGGUCUCAACGGGGCUGAUGGGAUACCAGGUCCUCCAGGGAACAUCCUCGUGGUUCAGUUCCAGGCAGGUGGAGUCCAACUAACAGGACCAGUGAUAUCAGCCCAGGAGGCUCAAGCCCAGGCCAUCCUACAACAGACCAAGUUGUCUAUGAAGGGACCACCUGGACCACUAGGCCUUAUGGGACGUCCUGGACCGCUGGGUAACCCGGGUCCAUCGGGGCUGAAGGGAGUAGCCGGGGAGAUGGGACCAGCAGGUUCUCGAGGUAUUAUGGGCCAAGCAGGGAUGAAUGGGAAGUCAGGGAAGAGGGGUCGAGCUGGGACUGAUGGGAACAGAGGUGCUCCGGGUGAGACUGGUGGGAAGGGUGACAGGGGUUUUGAUGGCUUGCCAGGUCUUCCAGGACACAAGGGACACAGGGGGGAGAUAGGAAAACCAGGCCCCCACGGUACUACUGGGCUGUCAGGAGAGAGGGGUUCAGAAGGACAACCAGGACCAAGAGGACAGCCAGGGGAUGCUGGUUCCAGAGGGUUGAACGGACCCAGAGGUCACACUGGCCCUACAGGUCAGCCUGGCAUCCGAGGAGUGGAUGGAAUCCAAGGUUCUAAGGGAAACUUGGGACCUCCGGGAGAGAUGGGAGCAUCCGGGCAGCAAGGAAACCCUGGGUUGCAGGGGUUUCCUGGUCCUCAGGGCCUGGUAGGCUUGCCAGGACUAAAGGGGCCCCAAGGGAAGAAAGGGUUGCAAGGACUACCUGGGAAUGAUGGACCUACCGGUCACCCAGGGAGAGAGGGGACUCCAGGAGAGAAGGGACUACCGGGCCCACCAGGAGUCCAGGGGCCUAUAGGAUAUCCAGGAUCAAGAGGAGUGAAGGGAGCGGACGGAAUUAGAGGAAUGAAGGGAAGCAAAGGAGAGAAGGGUGAGGAUGGGUUCCCCGGCUCUAAGGGAGAGAUGGGGCUGAAAGGUGACGGGGGUGACAACGGGGUCCCAGGGUCCAGGGGAGAGGAUGGUCCUGAAGGACCUAAAGGACAGGCUGGACCCCUGGGGGAGGCUGGAGCCGUGGGCAUCGCUGGAGAAAAGGGUAAACUGGGAGUUCCAGGGUUACCGGGGUAUCCUGGACAAAAAGGGCCGAAGGGUUCGGAUGGUUUUCCUGGAUCUAUUGGAGUUUUGGGAGAGAAGGGGAAGAGGGGUCCCGGGGGGGAAGCAGGCAGUGCAGGACAGAGGGGUCCUAAUGGGGCGCGUGGGGGCCGGGGUGCCAAGGGACCAACGGGGAAGACAGGGGGCAAGGGCUCCUCUGGACAUGAUGGACCUAAUGGACCAACCGGAGACAGGGGGCCUCAAGGGCCACAAGGACGGAACGGGGAAUCAGGACCCAAGGGACCGAACGGUCCAGCGGGGAAAGAUGGACUUCCGGGUCAUCCAGGUCAGAGAGGAGAGCCGGGUUUCCAAGGAAAGACGGGACCCCCAGGUCCAGGAGGUGUUGUGGGGCCACAGGGUAAAUCAGGUGAGACCGGGUCGUUGGGAGACAGAGGUCACCCCGGGUCACCUGGCGUACCGGGAGAGCAGGGCUUACCUGGCACCGCCGGGAAGGAGGGAGCUAAGGGCGACCCGGGCACAGGAGGGACUUCUGGGAAAGCUGGUCCUCCAGGACUUAGGGGCUUCAGAGGCAGCAGAGGGGCUGCCGGGGGCAUGGGUCCUGCUGGUCUGAAAGGAGGUGAAGGACCAGUCGGAGCAGCAGGAGCUAUAGGGACCGGUGGCGAGAGGGGUCCCCCAGGGUCAGCCGGUGCCAUUGGUCAGCCUGGGAGGGCAGGGGCUGUGGGUGGACCUGGACCAAUGGGAGAGAAGGGGGAACCGGGAGGGGCGGGUCCCAUUGGACCAUCAGGACAGGAUGGAGACCAGGGACCUCUAGGACUACCUGGAGCUGCAGGCCCUGCAGGACCCCCAGGAGAGGAUGGGGAUAAGGGAGAGACUGGAGGACCAGGGCAGAAGGGCAGCAAAGGAGACAAAGGAGAAUCAGGCCCCUCAGGACCAACCGGUGGCCAGGGGCCGAUGGGGCAGUCAGGAGUUCCUGGUGUGGAUGGGGAGUCAGGUCCCAGGGGCCAACAGGGAAUGUACGGGGCCAAGGGUGACGAGGGUCUCCGGGGUUUCAAGGGCUCUAAAGGACCCAUCGGACUACAGGGGAUGCCUGGUCUACCAGGGGAGAAGGGCGAGAGCGGACACAUCGGCUUGAUGGGUCGUCCAGGUCAGUUUGGUCCCAGAGGGCCACAAGGGCCUAGUGGGGGACAGGGUGCUCUGGGCAGACCAGGUGGGGCUGGACAGCCAGGGGUAAAUGGAGAGAAGGGGGAGGAUGGAGAAUCGGGAGACCCAGGACCCGUUGGUGUAUCAGGAGGCAGCAUCUUUAUAUUCGACGAAAACUGCUCAGACACCUCUUACAGUAUCUCCAGUUGA